AUAGGCGGGGGAGGGAUAAGAGCACCGGGGGAUCCCGAGGAAGAAAUGGGGGAGGGGAGCCCGCAGCGCGGCUCAGUCCCCGUCGGCCCGGACGCGCGGGGCCGCGACCCCGCCCGCCCCGCAGCUCACCGUCUAUGUUCUCCCGGUCGCUGAUGUGCUGCAGGUUGCAGCCCGUGUCCUCGCGGCUCAGAUCGGUGUCGGGCCGGUAGGACUCCAGCCGAGAGUGGGCAUUCCUCCUGAGCUUGGGGCUGGACGACACGCAGCACGAGGUAGUGUUCCCCAUCUUCGGCGGCCCUCCUCCUCCUCGGGCUCUCGCCUUCCUCCACUUCCCCGGCCCCCGGGAGCGGGGACAGGGUAGCGGGUGGGGUGCGGGGCAGUGGGACGGGAGGAGGACUGGGGCUGGGACGGGGGCGGGCGGGAGGAGUGGGAGAGGCUCGCCCCCGCCGGGGUGGGCAGACGGAAGCCGCAGCCCAGCUGCCCGGGUCAGCAGCUGCAGCGGCAGCAGCGGCGGCGGCGACGGUGCCUAGCCAUGGGCGGUGGCGGCGGCGACGAGCGGGCGGCGGCCCAGGCAGCUCCCCUCAGCCGCACACGCGCGCCCCCGUCCCGGCUGCCUCAUCCACCACGCCGCCGCAAGAGCGUCCCGGGCCCCGGUCCUCGGGCGGGAGGAAGGCUCAGACCCCACCUGCACGCAGGACUGCGGCCGCCGCGCCUAGGUCAUCCCGCCGCGGCCAUGGCGAGCCGGGCGCACCGCGCCACCUCCUUCCCCGCGUACUUUCCCGGUCGGGGGGCUGGGUUACCCCGGCGGCAGCGGCGGCGGCAACCCCGAGGCUGCCUUUUGCAAGAGGUUCCGGUUCAAGGGGGUGGGAACGCCGCGUCCUCACCGCCGCCCGAGGGGGAGGCGUUGGCGCGGCCCGCGUGCCCCGCCGCGCCCCCGCGGCCCUCGGCGCAGCGCCGUGCAGCCACCCGCAAGGGGAUGCUCGGGCCCCGCCGCCGCCGGCGCGCAGCCCCCUCCCGCCGCCGCCCCCGCCCCGCCCAGUCACCGCCUCUUCCUUUCGCCGCGCCGCUAGUGCCCUGGAAGCAGAUCGGGCGGCCCGCGAGGCAGCGCCGGGCCCGGCAGUGGGACCCCCAGCGGCUGGGGGUUAGGGUCCCGCGGGCUGGGCCCCACCUGUCAAGGCACUGUGGUUCAGAGACGGGGUCCCGUUCUUUUCCUGCGCCUGCUCGCUCCCUCUUCUGGAUGGGGUGAAAGUUGGAAGGUGUCCCGGUGCCUCCGGGGACUGCGGGUGCGAGGAGGCAGCCCCUGGUCCUGGGCCCCGUUCUCCCCCGGGGCUCCCGCGGAGGGAGGGCCGUGAGCCAGGCGAGAGCGGAGCCCGAGUGGCCAAUGUCUUUGGAAAAUAAAUGGUAGCAGAGCAGUGGUGUCGAUAAGAAGAGGAAGGCGAUGGAAAAGGGAAGUUCUAGAGAAGUGCAACCCAGGUGGGUAGAUAGCAACUAACAAAAUAAAGGUUGCUCUUUAUUAAAGCUGUACUAACCUUAUUGCUUCUCAGGAAAGUUUGAUUGGGGCAUGACUGCAAUCAGCAAAUGUGUGUAUAUUCAGAUUUUCUGUGCUGCAAUAUGUGGCCCAGAAGUAAGAUGGCUAAAAAUUGGGAAAGGAGGUUACCCUAUUGUGUGUUCUGAUUGUAAUUCUGACUUGUGGGGGCACUCUGUGAAGGUAGGCAUCUAGUCAUUGAGCCGUAUGUACAUGGCAUAGCCACUCAAGUACAUGACUGCUAGGGAUAAUUUUUAUUUAAUCAUAAAAUUUAUGAUGAUACAAAUGUGUGAAUUUUAUGGUUUUGGAAGGCUUAUGGUUUUGGAAGGCUUAAGAGAAGUGUAAGAUGACACAUCCGACUGCCUGCAAGGCCAUCUUUCUGCAUGCUUCCCAUUCCAGGGGGUCUUUUGGUCACCAGGGCAGUGUCACUAGGAAGAGAAGCUGAAGGUGGGGGAGGACAUGACUGAGGGUCAGGGUACUGCAGACCCUUACCAAAGUGGGGGACAGGUACUAAUCUGCAGGGCUGUCUCUGUCCCCACCUCCACCACCCUCUUUGACAUUCUGCUGUAUUCCUGUUAGGUACACAAUUGUUUUGGCUUAUUUAGGAGUGUGACUUUUGCAUCAACAGGCCUGGAGAGGAAAGAUAAGUGUUAAAGCCUAACCAGUGAUUUACCUGGGACCAACCCUCCCAAUUCAAACUUUCCAGGCAGGAGGGCUCCAUGCCUGACACCCAAUGACACUUUAGGAAAGACUGCAGAAGACUGACUAACUCGAGCAGAGGCCAUGUAAUGCCAGAAUAGUAAUAAUGCAAGGUGUCAUUUGUUGAACACCUGCUCGAUGCCAUACACUGCACUGUUUUUUUUUUUUUAAACAUCUGAGCCUCUAUGGGUAUCCCCCGUUUUACAAUUAAAGACACUUUAACUCUGAUAAGUAAACUUGUUGAAGGUCAAGCUACUAAGACAUGGCCCACUGGGGAACUGAACUGAGUUGAUUGCAAAAUCCAUGAGGUCCCCUCUAAGCUGCAUCCACCUGACCUCCUGCUCCCACUUCCAGGUAUCAAGAAACAGUGGGGGACCCCCAGUUAGAAUACAGAGAAGGCAAGUCUCCUGCAGAGAAGAGACUCUAGUGUUAUUUCUCUCCUUUUCUAUUCUGUAUUCUUUCUGAAGGAAGCUUGGAGCUGACUGCUUAGUCUUUAAGAAAGAUAUAAAGGGGUGAGGGGACCCUUGUUUCUGUGGGGCCCAGCCCUCCUGACCAGAGUAAGAAGACAGGUUACACAGUUGGGGAGAAGCCCUGUGCAGGAACAGCUUGUACAUUUGGCCAUAGCAUCUUGUAUCACUUGGGAAUCUAAGUGCAGGCACAGUUUCCUCCAUAGGGUGCGGCUCUAACCCAUGAUGGGGAUAUGGGGGACCACGGGGGAGGUGAGAACUGCCACCAAAGACUCUGGCCUCAAGUUAAAAGGGCCAGCCUUGUUAGAAAACAUCAACCUGGAUCCACUCAUAUCCCACCCUGCUUUUCAAGUAGAAAGAAUUAGUUGGGAAUUAUUUUCCUUCAUCUUUCUCCAUAAUUACUAUUAAGAUUUUGGUCAUUGUAAGGAGGUAAAUGUAGAACAAGAGCAUCUUUGGUGAGCUAGCUGCGUCUGUGGUUUUCAACUCUUUUUUAAUCAGUUGUAGCCUUUUCAACAAAAUUUUCUGUGGAACCAUAAUAUUUAGAAGCAAUAUCAAUAUUAACUUAUAAAUUCAAUUUAUAAGAUCUACUUAUAAAAACAAAUCAGUGGCAAUAGGCUAUCUUAAUUGAAAUCAGGGUGGAUCAUAAUUGAACUAUCUCAUGUCCAUGAAAUAGGAAUCAGUCAUUUGCAGAACUCCUAAAUCGCCUCCUGCCAACACAGAAAACCACUGAGCAAAAUUAGCCCAGGACCUGGACCAAGACCCUGCAGAAGGAAAAUGGAUAAAAUCUCAGAGGAAAAUAACAACUCAGGGUAUAGCCUGCCUUAUCACCUGGUAGCCAAAUUCCUCUGUCAGUUACUCAAGCAUUUCUAAGGCAGCUGUGGAAAUACUAAGACCCUUUGUUUAUUGUAUCCCCUUCUUGUCCCCCUCUUAUUUUCUAAUGACCCCCUCUCCAACAAUGCCUUUCUUCAUACUUAAUGCUAGGCAAUCCAUAAUCAAAACCGGCUAUCAGGGAAGUUAUUUGGGCUGAUAGCUCUUUCCUUUUUGACAGCCACUUGAUCCAGACCAAUGCAGGUUAUUCAUUCCUGGAGACUGUAUGAGCCAGGCCCCUUGGGGACUCAAAAAUGGAUAAAAUACAGUUCCCACCCUUGAGAAACUCGCAGCCCAGUAGGGUAAACGGUCAGGAAAACAGGUUUAUCACAUAUCCAAAGAUGUGGAUGAUUGCAGUCACUGAAGUGAUAGAAUCUGAAGAAUGUCAAGCCUGCUACAUAUGAAUGUGUCCCUUUAUUACCUGUGCAUGUACCUAAAAUUCCAUUAUAAGAGACUUAUUCCUAUGCAAUAAAGAAAUAUACCCCGAAAUUUUGUCAGAAUGGAAAUUCCCACAAGAAAUGAAGAAUGCUGGGAGAUUUUCACACCAGUGCCAAGUCUUUUGGACGAGGGUAACUGCCUGAAACUCUGUGUUGAGAAGGAUUCUGAAAUCAUAUUCCAGCUGAGGGGGUGCAGAGUGGUGCCCCGAGAGGAGGUAGAAAAGACAGCACUUCUCCCACGUAUUUUCUAUCCAUGAGUGAAACCAGCAUUAGCACCUGAUAGAUACCUUUGUGUAUGGGAUCACUGAAGUCACUUUCUGAAGCAGGGGAAUAAAACUACUAGCAGGUUGGUACAAAGGACAGCUAAAGUUUACUUAGGAAACUAAGGAGAUAGAAGAGGUCCAAAGCCCAGACAACCAAAGUCACUGGGUAUCUGGGAGAAGGCCCACUUGGAAACUAGUUGUCUACCUCACCAUUGAGAAUUCACCACCUGCCCUCAGGUUAAACACCCUAAGAAUAGCCCAAUGUUGCUAAACUGCCUUCUUUGUCCAUCCAGGUCUACCAAACAGAAAUGGUAAAUUUAUGUGUAAUCCCUGAGAACUAGGACUCUGCCUUUUGAUAAGGCAAAGUCCAGCGUCCAGCAGGGUCAGUCAUAGGAAGGAGUGGGAAGAGAUGCUCUUCUGCCCAACGCUUGGUCUGGUCAUCUUACUCAGUUGCAGAAUCCUCUGUGUUGCCCAGUUAGACCACGCUGCUCAGCCAGCCUUGAAUUUGGGCUUGCCAUGUGACUAAGUUCCAGCCAACUACAAUGUGAGUAGUAGAGCUUCCAGCAAAGGUCUCCAAAGCAGCUUCCUGUUUUCCACUACUUGGAAUGUGGACACGAUGGUUGGAAUUCUAGCAUCUAUGUUUUCAUAUGAGGUGGCCAUGAAAAUGGAAACCAUCAGUUGAGAUCAUGUACCUAUGAGGAUUUUUUUUACAUAAGCAAAAUAAGCUUUAAUGUUGUAUAAGCCACUUUGUUUUCAAUUCCCAAGUUAUACACAGCCAAACCUGAUCCUGAUCUGGGCAGGGUUUGAUAUUGUCAUUUGGUAGAGUUUUCUGUAUUCAUGUUGACAGUUUUCAUUGAUUGGCUCCCAAAUAAUAGGGACUGUGACCUAGAACUGAGGGGCAGUCAUAUAUACUGGACUCCUGAUAGGUUGCCAGCGGGAAGACACAACACUAGGUAAGUUCUGGAGCCAGGGUAGGAUUUCAGUGGCAAGAGGAAGUUGUUUCUCCAAAAGAGAGAUUAGCGCUCAUGGACAUUAAGAGUUAAUGGCCUCAAUGUAUUAUUCCAACAUAGCACUCCUUCAGUAUUCCCAGAACUGGAGCUAAGGGUUCCUGUGAGCAGGGAUCUCCAUGAGUCCACCCUGGUGUAGAUGCUGAAGGUCCACCCUUCCCCCAGCAGCUUCACAGAGUUUACUGAAGCUCGGGGCAGGUCACACACUCACCACCCCCUCCCCACCCCCUGCCCAAAACCUGUCAAAACUUCUUUGUUGAAUGAAAACUCAACUCCAUCACCUGGCAUGCAAGCCCACCUUCUCUCCAGCCUGCAGAACUGCUCAAAACCCACUCUGCUUCUGCCAUUCUGGUCUCUCCCAGAAUGAGGGGGAGCCCCUCUCCCUCAAACACCAUUCCCCUGCUCCCUUUCCCAGCCUCGCAUCUGGGAGGCACCCAAGGGCUAUGUGUUACCUGAAUAAUACAUUAGGAGAAUUACCUAAACACACUCUUCUUCCUACCUGCAUUCCCUCCCCACCCCCAGCCUUCUGGUAUUUUUCUUCCUUUCCUUCCUUUUCUUCUCAUAGCAAGGGAAGGUCAGGGAAUGCAUUGGGAGGGGAGGUGCUGGGCUGAUUAUUUUAUUCUACAAUAAAGAUGUUAGAGAAAAUAUUUUUCUCAUUGUUAUUUGCAUUG